AUGGCUACAUCAUCCCCUAUUCUCCUUAUACUCGGCGCCGGUUCUAAUGUUGGGGCCAGCGUGGCUGAAGCCUUUUCAGAGAAAGGGUACAAGAUCGCUCUAGCCUCUCGAACGGUCAAGAACGAAGACAGCGAUACGAAAGAUUUUCACGUCGUUUGCGACUUGUCUGAUCCCUUUUCCGUACCCGAUGUGUUCAAAAAUGUGAAAGAAACAUUAGGCAUUCCGAGUGUUGUUGUAUACAAUGCUUCUGCUGCUGGCCGUUCCAGUCUUGAGGACCCUCUCGCUACCCCCUUGGCCGAUUUCAGCCACGGUUUGAAUAUCAACACAGCUAGCGUUUACGCCGCCGCACAGGAGGCUGUAAAGGGCUUUGCAGAACUUCCAGCCGAGGCUUCUAGGACUUUUAUUUACACCGGUAAUGUGUUGAACACGAAGGUCUUCCCGCCACUCUUUAACCUUGGUGUUGGCAAGGCCGCUACGUCGCAUAUUAUUGAAUACUUGGCUGCUUCCUACCCCUUCCGUGGGUUCAAGUUCUAUUAUGCUGAUCAGCGGAAAGUUGAUGGGUCGCCUCAAUAUAUCAACAUUGAUGGGGAUGCGCACGGAAGCUUCUACGUUGAGCUUGCUGAGAUUAAGUCGCAGGGACAGUGGCAUCAGACCUUUGUCAAGGAUCUUGGGUACCAACGUUUUUGA